AUGGGCUCCGUCGUCCUCCACCACGUGUCGGAUCAAAUCGACAAGAUGAUAGGCGCAGUCAAUCCGGAUUCGCUCUAUUCUUCACGCGCCUCGUCCCAGCCACUGGACUCUCACUCGAGGUCGACAUCCGCCUCCAACACCCCCACCUCUAUUGCCCCACCGUCCGUAGGCUCUGCCCGGCUUCCUAACGAUGUACCGGCUUACAUCGACUACACACCUUCAGCUUCUACACGCGCUCCUUCCACCCCCUCCUUCACUCCGCGACCGCCUUCAAUGACGUCUCAUUCUACCUUUUCUCCGGAUCGUAACUCAACCGCCCCUCAGAGCCACUCGGCCAUGGCCGAGUCCAUGGCGAGCAACUCGUACUCGUCUAAUCAGUCCAUGGCGAGCAACUCAUACUCCUCUAAUCAGUCCGCGCCGGAUUCACCACGGCUCCAACCCACAUAUCAGUCCAUGCAGUCGGUGCCAGGCUCCGCAGCCAAUUCGCCCAGCCGCAUUCGCGUUCAAAGCUUGUCACAUAUCCAGAGUCUUGCCAGUGAGGACGUCCUAGGGCCGAGCUCACACUCCCCGGGAACUGGAUCGCCCCAACGACAAUACGAGAUUAGCUCCAUGCCGGUCACGGAGAUCAUCGAGAUGGUCGCUGGGCUGUUGACCAAGAUCACGACCGCAAACGAUACGCAUCAUGAACAUGUACAUCGCCACAUCCCGCCCCCCGAGGGCACUUCCAACCUCAGUCCCCAGGCUACCAGUGUCCUCGCAUUCCACGGCAAGAACGUUCCGAGCAUUACAAUCCUGAGCUAUUUGACUCGGAUUCACAAAUACUGCCCCACAACCUACGAGGUCUUUCUCAGCUUGCUGGUCUACUUUGACCGCAUGACCGAGCUUGUCAACCGUGGACAGCUCGACAACCUAUACCAGCGUUGGGACUCUUCCGAGAGACCUGCCGCUUCACCUGCUGCAACUGAAGUGCCGGGAGGAUACGAUCGGCAGGACACACACAUGGCGACUCCUCCUAGCUCGACAGGCCUUCCUGCGCAGGAAUCGCAGGGGCCAAAUGUUCCCGAUUCACCUGAUUUCUCACCUCAGUCAGAUGCCGAGGCCCUUUCACAUUUCUUCGUCGUCGAUAGUUUCAAUAUUCAUCGACUAGUUAUAGCGGCCGUGACCUGUGCGAGCAAGUUCUUCUCCGAUGUGUUCUACACCAAUUCACGUUAUGCAAAGGUUGGCGGUCUUCCACUGGCGGAGCUCAACCACCUGGAACUGCAGUUCCUCCUUCUCAACGACUUCCGACUGGCUAUCACCGUCGAGGAGCUCGAGUCCUACGGCACCAUGCUCGUAGAGUUCUAUGCCCGGGAGGUUGUCACCCAACAACAGCAGCACCAAGGCAGCCUCCCCCGCCCGAUCGAAUCCCCGGCACCUGACGCAUACUCUGACGCUAUGUACAUGCGAUCCCGCGAAAAGCCUCGCGAGCGCGCCGGAUAUGGACAAACUUCAACUCCACCGUAG